UUGUUGUUUUUCCCUCCUUAAUCCAACAACACUGAUCGUGAAACCAUGAUUCACUUUGCUUCCUCUCCAAACCAAUUCCAAUUGCAAGUGCAGGAGGGAGGGAUUAUGCAUAAGAUUGUGAGAAGUUGGAGAUUCUUGAAUCCUCCACCAGUUCAUGCUGCAAUGGACACAGCUCUCUGCGUUGAAUCUCGGUAAUUCAUCCUGUAACCCAUUUCAGUUCAUUGAUUCUUCUCUGUUUGAUUGAUUUCUUAUUCACCAUUAUCAUUUGAUUCUGAGGUUGGUGCUGCUGCAAGCACAAAAUUGAAAAUUCUAGAUUUUGCUUCAUGUUGUCAAAAUCGCGCUUCAAACCGUAAAAGCGUACGAUUCUACGCUUCUGUCCGAUUUCACGAGUUUCAUUCACAUCAAAAUUCAUUUUGGGCUUCAACGGGUCGGGUUUUGCUAAAAGCUUGGAACUUCAUAAAAACCCUAGUUUCUUCACCUCUUUGAAACUGAAUCUAUCUCUCUCUCUCUGUGUUGUCUCAGCUCACAAGUUUGGUGGUUCUGCUUAACUGACUCCAUCAGGGGAAAAUGUCAUCAAGUGCUGGUUCUAGAGGGUCUAGUGGCUGUGGUGAUGGGGGUGGUGGAGGUGUUGUCCUUGGGAGUGGAGUAUCUAAGGUGCAGAAGAGUGCUUGUGGGAAUAGAAGGGCUAUGGGAUGGGGUAAUGAUGAUUCGGUUGGGGAUGCGAGAAAAUUUGAAUGUGAAUACUGUAAGAAGGUGAUAUUAGGAGGCAUUCCUGGAUUGAAGGGUCAUCUGGAAGCUGCACAUAAGGAAACUGGAGCUCAUAGGUUUGUUAGUUAUGAAUUUGAGCUGGGCAAGUGGGAAAUGGUGCCCUUAUUGCAAGAAAGAUGGAUAAAUGAGUUAGGGGAGGGUGAUGAAGGAGCAAGUAGCGAGGGUGGGAAAAGAAAGAGGAUGAAAGGGGUUGAUAGUCCUUCCACCAAUAUCAUAUUUAGGAAGAAUUUGAAGGGGGAUGCAUGCAAAACAAUUGCUUCGUUUUUCUACAACAAUGCUAUACCUUUCAGUGUGGCAAAGAGUGAUGAGUUCAAGGAAAUGGUUGACUUGAUUGCGCGACAUGGGAUAGGAUUUGAGCCACCGUCUGACCAUGAGAUUGGAGGUAAGUAUUUGGAGCAACAAGUUAUUUCCACCAAGAAGAUUGUCGAGGAACAUAAAAUCUUUUGGAAGAGAACAGGAUGCAGCAUAUUGAUUGAUGGGUGGACUGACCAGAAGAGGAGGACUGUUCUGAAAUUCUCGGUAAAUUGUCCUUAUGGAACCAUUUUUUUGAAGUCUAUUGAUGCAUUUGACAUAAAUAAAUCAGUUGACAAAGUCUUUAAGAUGAUGGAUGAUAUUGUUGAGGAGGUUGGGGAAGAAAAUGUUGUCCAAAUUGUCACUGACAAUAAUGCAAGUUACAAAGCAGCUGGAAAGAUGUUGAUGGAGAAAAGGAAGAAGCUAUAUUGGACACCUUGUGCUUCGCAUUGCAUCGAGUUAAUGUUCGAGGAUUUUGAGAAGAAGAUACCGCUUCACAAGGAGACAAUUGCACUUGGAAAAAAGAUUACAGCCUAUAUCUAUUCAAGGAAUGCUAUCAUUUCGUUGUUACAUCAAUUUAUUAGAGGAAAGGAUUUGGUUAGACCGGCCAUGACUCGUUUUGCCACAUCUUACUUGACUUUGGGUUGCUUGAAUGACAAAAAGGGGGCAUUGGUAAAGAUGUUCACAUGCAAGGAAUGGAAAUCCAGCCAGUUUGCAAAGACAAAGGAUGGAAAAUUUAUUGAAAAUCUGGUUGUAGAUGGGAGGCUUUGGAAGAAUAUCGGGAUUUGCCUAAGGGCAGCUCGUCCUCGACUCAAAGUGCUUCGUUUGGUGAAUUUAGAUGAGAAGCCAGCCAUGUGUUUUAUUUAUGAGGAAAUGCACCAGGCUAAGGAGAAGAUACAAAAGUCCUUCAAUGGUGUAAAAAAACGUUAUAUGCCUCUAUGGGACAUCAUAGAUGAAAGAUGGGACAACCAACUGCAUAUGCCUUUACGUGCUGCAGGCUACUACCUUAACCUGCAAAUACAUUAUAGUCCUAAAUUUAAAGCUGACUUUGAAGUCACACGUGGACUAUAUGAUUGCAUAGCAAGAAUGGGGGGAAAUGUUGAAGAAAGAAAUAAGAUUCAUAGUCAACUUGAAAAUUUCAACAAUCGAUCAAAUUAUUUUGGUAGUGAUCUUGCCAUUGGGCUGCUCAGGAAACAUACUCCAGGAACGUGGUGGGACUCUUUUGGAUUUGAGCAUCCAGAGCUCGAAAAAUUUGCUAUCCGUGUAACAAGCUUGACAUGCAGUUCGUAUGGUUGUGAGCGUAAUUGGAGUGCCUUUGAGAUGGUCCACUCAAAGAGAAGAAAUCGCUUGAAACAAAAGAAAUUGAAUGAUGUUGUUUUUGUGAUGGCUAAUUCAAAAUUGGCCAAGAAGAAGCAAGCUAGGUGGGUUGCUAGGCCCGCUAAUGAGCAUAACAUUGAUUAUCUUUCUUCAGAUGAUGAAUGGAUUGUGGAUAGUGAUGAAAAUUCAGAUAACUUUGAUUUGGAUACUCCAAAUGAACACAUUUUUGUUCAAAUUGGAGAGAAUGCUGGUCGUGUUGUUGGUGGCUCUAAAGAUGAUUUGGAGAUUCCUGAUUUUGAUGAUGACGAGGAUAAUGAUGAUGAGGAUAAUGAUGGAGAGGAUGACAUGGAAGAUGAUGACUAUGAUGGUCAUGACUUGAAAUAUCUGCUAGAUAUCUAGGUUCCAGAGUUGGGAUAUUUUCUUUUGGUGUUUCAAUUUUAUGUGUUGUCAAAAACUUCUGUUAUGUGACUUAUGGGUUGUAUGUGACCAGUGACCUUAUGAAUUUUCAAUUCAAGUUUAAUCAAAUAGUUAUUGCAAGUUAUUGGUCAUAAUCCCUUCUAUUAACAUGUUUCCCUGCCCUUCCUAUCUUAGGUAGGAUACCAAUUUUGACAAGCUUGAAUAUGGUCACCAAGUAAUACUAGAUUGAAGUUACCUA